AUUGUGAUGGUUUCUGCUCUUAUUAGUCUAGUCUAGACGCCACUUCUUGCCAAACAACACAGACUGAUGACCUUAUGAUUUCGUCGUCAAUCACAGAUAUGCAAGUCUUCACCGAAUCUGUGAGGCUUAAAGGCCCCCGCCCCCGAUGAGUAUGCCUUGCACUACAAGUGGGUAGUUCCUCGUAAUUGCGCCAUAGACUUCUGGUCAUUCAUCUUUCAGCAUGCAGCCGACUUGGAGGUCAACACAAAGGCGCAGGCUCAGGUUUGAGGCUGAGGGCAAGCUAAGGGCUCCCAACGUGAGGAUCGGGCUUAUGGUCGGUAUCGGCGGUGGUGCACCAAGUCUGAAACACGAUAUUCGGUUAGGUGACAUCGUUGUCAGCUCUCCAGGCUAUGGCACUGGAGGUGUACUACAAUACGACUAUGGCUAAACGGUACAAGACGCGAAGUUCGUCAUGACUGGACACUUGAAUCAGCCGCCGCAGUUUAUGCUGGCAGCGAUGUCUGUGCUAAAGGCUCAAUAUGAGAGUGAAGGCUAUGAUAUGAACACAAAGAUUAACCGCGUUCUCGAAAAGAAGUCGCGGUUACGAGUCAAAUACCGGAGGCCAGACUCUAGCUCGGACCGCCUAUAUAUACCCUCCUUCUAACAUACUAGGAACGAUGAUGCUGAUUAUACGACUACACGUUACCGAUUCGAAGUUGACUAGCCGAGCUAAGCGAACCGAAGAACAAGAUGAUCCGAUAAUUCAUUUCGGCCUUAUAGCGUCCGCUAAUCAACUAAUAAAGGAUGUAACUAUACGAGAUAGGCUCUCGGCAGAAAAGGAUGUACUAGGUUUCGA